UGGGAUGCAAGGAAGGCUACCGUUCUUGUCGGCAAGGCCAAGCGGCUUGCUCGCCGAUGAAAGGCAACGGGCUCAUGUUCGGCCUCCUGGGUGCAGAACAAAAGGCUCUGGUCAAUACGGAAUCCCCUUCGCCACGAGAUAGCUGAAAUAAGUUCAUCACGUGACGAUCCGCAGGCUAUUGCGUUACACCUGCGUUACACCACGUUGUACGGGGGUAGACGGGGGUAGUUAGUCACAGACUCACAGUACAUACAUCCUCCCCUAGAACCUUGGCUUCCCCUAACCUGCAGAUCCCAUUUGACAGAGCGACUGGACCAACGUACGAACCAUGCCACAACCUCUCAAUCGAAGCGACUGCAUCCUGGUGUCUCGAAUUGAGAGCGACGUCGAAUUUCAGCAACCACGGAGGCUUAUCGAUCGUCGCGUAUACUCGGGUGCACAAGGAACAGUGUGUCAAGUGAUUCGAACAGUGGAAGGCGCCGAAAGGGAGCUUGCAGCCCGCAAAAACCUUCAUCAUCACUUGCAAAGCGUUGCCGCUUCCAAUGACGGGAAGGUGCUCAUCGUUGUAGAAAUGGAAUUGUUAAAGGCGGCAUCGGGAAUGCCGCAUAUGCCGGACUUCUUAGGGGCCGCACAAGCGGAAGCAGACGACACUGUUUACCUUUUUUAUCAGCCAUGGUGCGAAUUCACUCUGGCUCGCUGGCUUGCGGCACCUCUAAGUACGGACAUUGACGGCCCAUCCACGCCUUCGAAGAGGAAGCAGUUGGGAUUGCAGUGGAUGGUAUGCAUGGCAGCAGCAAUUUACGGACUCCAUGCUGCACAAAGCCCAAUCAUCCAUCGCGAUCUCAAACCGACGAAUAUCUGCAUCACGGGGACCGGCCAUUUGUGCUUCGUUGAUUUCGGGGUGGCACGCUUGUGCAAAGACGACACUGUCUGUUCUACAUAUGUGGGAACUGAGGAAUACAUGGCCCCUGAAGUUGGACGCGCUUCUCACUAUGGUCGCACUUCAGAGGUCGUCUCCUUAGCUUGCAUUUACAGUGAGAUCUUGACAGUCGUCGCUGGAUACAACGUCGACACUGGGCUCCGUGCCUGUCGUAGAAAUCAGCCAUAUGCGCGCACUGUAAAGAAGACACUGACGUUUCUCAAACGGUGCAAGCCAGAAGACGGAUCACUUGACGAGUUCAUAACCUUAGUGGAAGAAAUGUUUGCCCUCAAACCCCUCGAUCGGCCGACUCUCUGGGAAGUUCACGGUCGGCUUCUGGACAUAGCCGGCCGCCUCAAUUUCCAGCUUAGGUGCUGCGCGACACCGUUAGGCUAUGAAGACGACAAGGUUCCCGACGUAUCCACGCCGCCCUCGACCGAUGAACUCACAACAGAGUUCCUCGCUCAAUGCAGGCUGCAACAGUGACGUCGCGGGUGCCGUCAGGCGGCCGAAUCUCAUUGCUAACAUCAGCACAUUUGGUAGUGAUUUGUCACAAAACACUAUCAGCACAUUUGGUAGUGAUUUGUCACAAAACACUAUCAGCACAUUUGGUAGUGAUUUGUCACAAAACACUCUUUUGUUCCGCAUUGUCGUAAUCAAGCCCUCCAUCUGCGAAUUUC